AUGGACCCCCCACCACGCCCGCAAAGUUCCCUGCUCACAUCACCACCUGAGCUCAGCCCGCUGGAGCAGGAGGUGUUGGAGGAAUAUGAGCGGUUGGCGGAGAAUAUGAAGAAUCUCGCCACAAUGCUCGAUAACCUCGCCAGCGCACCAGCCUCUGACAUCCUCGACGGCCUGCGCGAGCUCGAGCGCAAGACUAGUCUGGCAUUUACGCUGCUGAAGGCGAGUGUGUAUAGUAUUGUGCUGCAGCAGGAGAUUGAUUGGGGUGGUGGUGGUGGUGCUGGGGGUGGGGGUGAUGGUAGUGAAGGUGUUGGGGGGCAUGGGCAUGGGGAUGAGGAGGAGGAGGAUGGGGAGGAUGAGGAUGAGGGGUAUCGGGGGGGUUGA